AUGGAAUACGAAUUCAAAGACAGAACAAAAGUAAAACGGCAUCGAAAGCCAAUUAAUAGGACAACCAAACGAACUAUAACUUUUGAUGAAAAAUCUAGAACAGAUUUUUUGACUGGAUUUCAUAAAAGAAAGCUUGCCCGAAAAAAGAAAGCCAGAGAUGAUUUUGAAAAGAAACUUAAAGAAGAAAAGAAAAGAAUCAAAACUGAAGCAAGAGAAACGUUUUUAAAAUUGACUAAUUCUCAUCCAUUUAUCCCAGAACCUCUUGAUAUGGUCACAAGAGAAUAUAGUUUGGAAAAUCAUACGGUACAAAUUUGUGAUCUUUCAACAGAUGAGAUUGCAAAAAGUAACAAUUGGAUUGGAUCAAAUCAGGUAAUUUAUGAAGAUGACAAAGAAAGCAAUAAAGAAGAGGAUAUUGAUAAAACUAAUGAAGAAGAUGGGGCUGAAAAUGUACCUGGCAUGGAUUUCAGUUCAAUAAAAGAAAUAAAAAAGGCAAUUAAAAAACAAGCAUCUCAAACUGUUCAAAACAGUAAAAUAUUUAAAAUGAAAAACAAAAUUGAACAAAUCAAAGAUAAAAAGAAAGCUAAAAGGAAGAAAAUGUUAGAAACAAAAAGACAAAAAUGGUUGAAAAAAAAAGGGAAAAAGAUAAAAAAAUGA